GGUCUCUCAGUGCGAAGUGGGUUCACUGCAGCUCCACCCACACCGUGUCGGACGGAUUAAGGUUCUAUCCUUUUCUGAGAAGUGUGUAAACCUUCGUGUUCCCUGUUCAGUGUGGGAUGCUAGCGGACCGGUGGCGAGCCGAGGCUGAAGGAGCAUGGUGAAGCACCAACCCUUGCAGCAGGUCUAUGAGAAGCAGCUGUGUUUGUCCUUCCUCACUGGGAUCUAUGGCUGCCGCUGGAAACGCUACCAGCGUUCCCAUGACAACAGCUCCAAGUGGGAAUGUGCAUGGUUCAUCAUCUUGUGCAGCACCUUCUCCCUGCUCCUCUUCUGGGCUUACUUCUGGUUGGAGGCCCACAAUGACUACAACCAAUUCAACUGGUUACUAUACAACCGUUCUGGGGAAUGGAAGGACGGCACUGUCCCCAUUCUCGCAACCACCGCAGUUGGCUUUAGUUACAUAACAUUUUUAAUGAUUUUAGCACUCUGUCAUAUUUCACUGGGACAGCAGCUGAACCUCUACUGGAUCCACAAGAUUAGUGUGUUGGCUGCCAUGAUCACCACUGUCAGUGGUGUGGUCUCCAUCAGUGACGUGUGGGGGGACGAAUGGGACAUCAUUCUUAUAUCGCUACAGUCCACAGGUCCUUUCCUGCACAUAGGAGCUCUGGCUGCUGUCACAGCGCUGGGUUGGCUGGUCGCUGGACAUGUGAUCCGUGCAGGGAGAACCAAGUUCCACUUGAUUGUGCUGCUUGUCUACCUAAGUGUCCUGCUGGUCCUCUACAUGGCUCCCCUUGCCAUCACCUCACCCUGCAUCAUGGACAGGAACAGCCUCAAACCUCGACCUGAUGUCAUUGGAAGACGGGGGGCUCCAAUGCUGGCUCCAGAGAACACCCUGAUGUCCUUCAACAAGGCCCUGCAACAGGGGGUCAGCUCCCUGGAGGCCGACGUCUCCGUCAGUCUGGACGGGGUGCCCUUCCUGAUGCGAGACCGCACCCUGAGAAGGACCACUAACAUCGCCAAGGUCUUUCCAGACAAACAGCACGAGGACGCCUCUCUCUUCAAUUGGACAGAGAUUCGCUCUCUAAAUGCGGGGCAGUGGUUUUUGGAGAGCGACCCCUACUGGACGGUUGGGUCUCUGACAGGGAGGGACCGGAACCGAAUGGGGAAUCUGACAGUGUGUAGCCUGGUAGAGAUGCUCCGCCUGACAGCCAGGGCCAACCGCUCAGCCCUGUUAAACCUCCAUAGACCUCCCCCAGAACACCCACACUACAAGACCUGGAUCAUGGACACCCUGUGGGCCGUCCAGAGGUCUGGGAUAUCACAGAAGAGGGUGACGUGGACCCCGGACACAGACAGGGGCCGUGUCAGGGGGCUGCAGCAGACCUCCUUAGAGAAACUGUCAGUGGAGGAGCUCAGACACAGGGGCAUCAGCAGCCUCACCCUGCGCUACUCACAGGCCAGUAACAAGGACAUUCAGGACUUCCUGGUGAACAACAUGAGUGUGAUGGUGUACCCGGUGAAUGAGCCGUGGCUCUACUCAGUGCUGUGGUGCAGCGGAGUGCCUUCUGUCUCCUCCGACGCCCCCCAGGUCCUCCGCAAGGUGCCCUACCCCAUCUGGCUCAUGAGCCCAUAUGAAUACUGCUUAGUCUGGAUCACCUCAGAUCUUGUCUCCAUCGCCAUAGUUACAGGAAUAUUCAUCUUUCAAAAAUGGAGGAUGAGUGGCAUGCAGAACUACAACCCAGAGCAGAUCAUGCUGAGUGCUGUGACACGCCGGCCCAGCCGAGACGUCAACAUCAUGAAGGAGAAACUCAUAUUCUCAGAGGUAAGCAAUGGAGUAACCAAUACAGAUGAACAUUUAUAUCCAGAGAAUGGCUAUGACAUUGGGCAGUACAAGUGAGCUGUGUCUGUAUACCUGGAGAAUGGCCAGGACAAUGGGCAGUUCAGAUGAAUUGUCUCUAUAUCCUGAGAAUGGCAAUGCAAUGCGCAGUACAGAUGUGUUGUCUCUGUACCUGUUUGAGCUGGUUGUGCCAACUACACUUAUGACGACAUCACACGGAGACUGCAACAGACAGAAUCACAAUGGCUGCUACUUUAAACUUAGAUGUUUCCGCCAACAUGUUAGAACUUUGAACUUCUAAAAGUUGUGAAUGUUCAAUGUUUUGAAGACUGUUGAUCUACUUGCUGGAGUGACCUUUUUAAAAGUUGUAUUUCAAGCUCUGAAGGAUCAUGGGAUGUUUUUUCUUCUCAACUUUUUGUAAAUAUGACUUUUUGUUUUUCAGUUAUUUUCUUUUCCCUCUGAGAGGAUUGUCAUGGUUUGGUGUUCUAAAUACACUGCUCAAAAAAAUAAAGGGAACACUAAAAUAACACAUCCUAGAUCUGAAUGAAUGAAAUAUUCUUAUUAA